AUGCUUGACCUCCAUUCUCUUCCAGCAGGCACCCGUCCUGAUAAUGCGAUUCGCAAUAAUGGACCCGACAACCUGGUCAUGGAACGAGCAAAGCUACGCGAGCUAGCUGAGGGCUGGCCGUGUUACCGGGAUGCAUGCGAGUGGGAGAACUUUCUCUCGAUUUUUCAUGAGGAUGCUCAUGUUUACACUACUUGGUCUGGCAGAGUUCACCACAAAGACUUCAUCGCAGCUUCAAAGAAGGGUAUGGAUAAUGGGGCUUUCAUCAUGCACCGCUGCCAUGGUGUUACAACGGAUAUCACGAAGGAUGGAAGCCGUGCCGUUACGAAAAUGAAAGCGACCAUUACUCAGCGAUUCACAAUCGAUGAUUGUGAAGUCGAUGCCGAAGCAGACUGUCGAUUCUGCUUUUUCUUCGAGAAAAUCGACGGUCGCUGGGGUGCCCAGUUCGUUCGACACUGGUACGAGAAGGAUAAGCUUCUCCCAGUCAACCCGAACAAAAUCCCGCGCAUAAAUGAGGAAAAGCUGAAUUCAUACCCGGAAGGCUAUAAGUGUCUGGCGUAUUGCCAAGAACUCACAAUGGGGGUUGCGGUCCUUAAGGAUAUGCCCGGUCAUAAACGACAUGUAGGCACUGUCUGUGGUGAAAAACAUGAUUUACUUUAUCAUCUCGCAAAGGACUGGCUAGACGGGAAGAAUAUCAAUGUUUAG